GUAAGUGACUCACAGCUGCCCACCACUAAAAGGCCGGUGAAAAAAUUAUAGUCUGCAAAUAUUAUUUUACAAUUAUUAUUUUAAUCCGAGAGGGCCACCGAAUGCAGCAAUGACCAAUCCGCGGCGCGCACACUGUUCCUUGGCGCUGCUGGCGCUCCUCGUCGUCCCAUUUGUGGUUCUCGGCGAGGAUGAUCCUAGUGAGCAUGAGUACGUGAAGCGGGAGCACAGCUUAGUGCGCCCAUUCCAAGGCGUGGGAGUGAUCCUGCCCCAUUGGGAUUUUCUGGGUAACACAAUGGUGACCAGCAACUACAUAAGACUGACGCCGGAUUUGCAAUCCAAGAGCGGUGCCCUUUGGAACUACCCGCCCGUAAUGACCCGCAACUGGGAGAUUCAUGUGGGCUUCAAGGUGCACGGCAAAGGCACUGAACUCUUUGGCGACGGCUUCGCCAUUUGGUACACAAAGGAGCGUAUGAAAACAGGACCAGUUUUUGGCAGCAAUGAUCACUUCUCCGGGCUGGCCAUCAUCCUGGACACGUACAGCAAUCAUAAUGGCCCACAUAAUCACCAACAUCCAUAUCUCAGCGCCAUGGUGAACAAUGGCAGUUGGAGCUACGACCACGACCGCGAUGGAACGCACACUCAGCUGGCUGGCUGCGAAGUUCGCUUCCGCAAUGUGGAGUACGAAACGCUGGUUAGCAUCCGAUAUGAAAACGAUAUUCUUUCGGUGUCCACUGAUCUGGAGAACCGCAACGAGUGGAAGAACUGCUUUGUGGUCGCUAAUGUCGAGCUACCUACGGGAUAUCACUUUGGCAUGUCGGCCACGACGGGUGAUCUGUCCGAUAAUCACGACAUUCACAGCUUCAAGUUCUUCGACCUGGAUUCCACCGUCACUCAUGAUGAGAUUGUCCGACGCACCAAUAUCAUACCGAAUGCCAAGACCUUCGAGCCCCCGCGCGAACACAAAGAGGAUCCCAAGCCGGGAAUGUCAAACGCCAAGAUCUUCUUCAUCCUUCUUUUUGUAGUGGUCGUAGCGGCUGCAGUAGCAAUUUUCGCCAUAUCCUAUUUUAAGGAUCGCAACGCGCGAAAACGUUUUUAUUGAGAUCACUACUAGUGAUUCACUAGCCCAUUGAGCUAGUACAUCAAAUCAUCAUGUUAAGAGUAUCCCGGACCUCAGUUGAUCCCAACUUUUAUUUAUAUGUCCCGACUGUAUCCCAUUUCUUAUCACCCUUUUUAAUUUCCUUAAUUUUUUCGUGAGAGGGUUAGACAUAAUAUAACACGUGUUGGAGAGUUAAAUUUAAGUGCAAAUUUUUAAUCUGAACUAUAGGAAAAUUGAGACCGUGAGAAUAUUAUUGCUUAGACAAGAAUAAAAGCCACCAAACAAA